AUGUAUACUGAUGAUGCAUUGCAGGGCUUCCGCGUGGGUGAGACACCAGAAUUUAUGAUGUUGUGUGCAUAUCACCAAGGAAUCAUAUGGUUUUCACUCCUUUGUUGGCUUCAACGUGUGUUGGUACACUUGAAUUCAGGUCUGUUACCGAGCCUAUUGGUAGUAUACAGGAUGCACUUUCAAAGAAUCCCAAUUCACACUUCUUUCAAGCUUCCUGCACAAUUUAAAGUUGCGCAUGACAAGCUUGUAAUUGCAUCUGGAGCUGAGCCUUCAACUUUUGGUAUCAAGGGAGUUAAGGAACAUGCAUUUUUCCGUGAAGUAAAUCAAGCUCAAGAAAUAAGGAAGAGACUUCUUCUUAACCUGAUGCUUUCUGAAAAUCCAGGCAUAUCAGAAGAAGAAAAGAAACGUCUUCUGUACUGUGUGGUUAUUGGAGGUGUAGAAGAUUGGCUGUUGACGGCGGUUAGGUUUGGUUUAUUGGUCUUCUUCGAGUAG